CACCGCUCGUUAGUUUCCAGUAAUUUUCUGUUUCAGUUUACUUCCUGGUUUGAAAUAAUCGAAAGAGCAGUCGAGAAAAAAUAAUCGCUCACUUAGAACAUAAAGAAAAGAGAAAUGCUCGCGAUGUGGAUAAUCUUAGUGAUUAUAUUAUUCAUACUAAUUGUCUUGUUUUGUUUAAUUUUAUGUUUCUGUAAGUCAUUUGACUGCGGCCAUGCUGGAGCACCGCCUUUAAUCGAGCAACUCGACCCCGGGACCUAUUCUUUUCAUCUGAAAUCUGAACCGGAAAUCUAUGGAAAUCAUAAUCCAAAUCUGGACUUCUACAGUAAUAGCAGAAAGUCCGAACCAAAUGGUGAUUAUAUAGAAGAUAUUCUAGAAAAUUGGUUUGGUGAUUAUGAGAAGCUGGAACGUCAUCAUGGCUAUAUCCAGUGGUUGUUUCCCAACAAAGUUACAGGUUUGAACAGACAUGCUUUCCGUCUCAAUGAUUAUGAGAUUCAGGAGAUAUCUAGAAAUGAAAUCUUAAGAGAUAGAGUGAAAAGGAGCUUUCAUUUGAUGCUGGAUUUUUAUGGCAUGUCUAUGACUGGUGACUGCCAGUUUGCUUUAUCACUUUCUAACAAUGAUAGAAUCAAAAAUCUGAAAGAAAGCCCUCAUAACUUCCUGAGAAUCACCAGAAUCUUAACAGCCCUUGGAGAAUUUGGCUUGAGGAGAGAACAGAAAAACUGGUUACGUUUCCUGGAGGGUAUGGUUGAGAGAGGAAUUCUUAAAGAAGCUGACUAUUCUCUUAACAAUUUUUGGACUCCAGCCGUUCAAGCCUUUGACAGAUAACUCAGUUUAAAUUCUGAAAACAUUAACAUAUUUUGCUAAAAUAUUUUGCAGUUUAUUCUGAAUUAUAUAAUUUUAUAAGUGCCUUAUAAUAUUCAGUAACUUCCUUUUCACAUUCUGGUUUCAAAUUUUGCCAGGUUCUAAUUUUAAAUUCAUACCUUUCUGGGUCACAUACUGCAUAUAAACUGAAUCAUCUGUUUCCUCUACAAUACAAUUUUUAGAUCAGUACCAGACCAAUUGUCCUGUGAGUUUGGGACUGAAGGUGUCCCAGAUUUCUGAAUUCAUGCAUGUGUCUGAAUAUUAUCUGAAUAUCAUCUAUGUAGAUGUGUGACAAAUCGAUGUUUAUUGAACUACAGUGAUUCUUGCCUCUGGUCAUCAGUACCAAAUUGACCCAUUUCUCUAUUUUGAAAGAAAGUUUCAUAAAAAUCCAUGAAACUCUUCUCAUCAAUGUUUGAACAUAACUCAGUCAUUGAUCUGAUUUUCAUAAUUUCUUAUUCAUAUUUCAUCUAUGUGAGUUUGAACUCACAUAUUUUAGGUAGUAAUGGAAUAUGUGAGAUAAAUUGACAAUCAACUGACUCAUUUCAUUGUAAAAUAUUAAACUGGAAUUUUUAUUGAGAUAUUGUUUAUAUUGGAUAUUAUAAAUGAUGAAAAAAUUACUCUGUUAUGAGCAUGGCUUAAUAAAAGAUUUUAUUUUUCAAUUAUAAA